CGGAAGAGGGCACCCUUUCUGUCCCGACACAUACCGUGAUCCUAUUAAGUUUCAUUUUACCCCCGCUUAAAGCAAUUGUUGCCGCUGUAGAGCGAAAAAAUGAGGUUAUGUUGCGGACUCCGGACAUAGGCAGAAGUGGGUGGAAAGGAAAGGGAACCUGCUUUACGUUUCAAGAGAAACUCCUACUUCCGCGUUAACUCUGCUCCGCAACAAGGUAAAGCGGACUUUUUACAGGAAGCGGUUGUCUAAAGGGGUUAAUCCACACCGUUCACAGUGCCCUUCCCGGACUCACGUCAAUGCCAAACUAUGAAGUAAAGGAGAUUCGACAGUUGUGAAUUUGGAAAUAAUAACACAGAUCUUGAAAGAAACUGCACCAUCAGAGGACCUUGCAGUCACAUUUUCAGAAGAAUGCCUGCUGGUGUAUGCGGCUGCUGUGGCCCCCUGAGGCCCCGCUACAAGCGCCUGGUCGACAACAUCUUCCCCGAGGACCCCAAAGAUGGCCUGGUCAAAUCGGACAUGGAGAAGCUGACGUUUUACGCGGUGUCCGCACCUGAGAAGCUGGAUCGGAUCGGGGCCUACCUGGCAGACAGGUUGAGCAGAGAUGUCGUCAGGCAUCGCUAUGGGUACGUUGUCAUCGCCAUGGAGGCCCUGGACCAGCUCCUGAUGGCGUGCCACUCCCAGAGCAUCAAGCCCUUCGUGGAGAGCUUCCUGCACAUGGUGGCUAAGCUGCUGGAGUCGCGGGAGCCAGACCUGCAGGUCCUGGGCACAAACUCGUUUGUCAAGUUUGCCAACAUCGAGGAAGACACCCCUUCCUACCACCGCCGGUACGACUUCUUCGUGUCACAGUUCAGCGCCAUGUGCCACUCGACCCACGAAGACCCUGCCACUCAAAACCGGAUCCGGGUGGCAGGAAUCAAGGGCCUGCAGGGCGUGGUGAGGAAGACGGUGAACGACGAGCUGCAGGCCAUCAUCUGGGAGCCUCAGCACAUGGACAAGCUCAUCCCCUCCAUGCUGUACAACAUGCAGGAGGCCGAGGACUUCGACAGGACAGGACACCCCAGCACGCCCUCAGGUCAUGAGCGUGAGGAGAAUCCGGCGGCGCUGGCAGAGAGCUGCUUCAGGGAGCUGCUGGGCAGAGCCGCCUACGGCAACAUGAACAACGCCGUCCGUCCUGUGCUGGUGCAUCUCGACAGCCACCGCCUGUGGGACCCCAAUGAGUUUGCCGUUUCCUGUUUCCGGAUAAUCAUGUAUUCCAUACAGGCCCAGCACUCCCAUCAUGUGAUCCAGCAAGUCCUGAACCAUCUGGACACCCACAGCAAGGACACACCACGUGUGAGGGCCGGCAUUGUGCAAGUUCUACUGGAGACCGUCGCCAUAGCGGCCAAAGGUUCCGUUGGCCCCACCGUACUGGAAGUGUUUAACACUCUGCUGAAACACCUGAGGCUGAGCGUGGACUUUGAGCUGGGCGAGGGCUCCCGCCGGAACUCCAGCACCAGCGUCACCUCGCGGUCCAAGGAGAACGACGAGAGGAUCGUCCAGAACGCCAUCAUUCAGACCAUCGGGUUCUUUGGCGGGAAUCUUCCAGACUACCAGCGUGCUGAGGUGAUGAUGUUCAUCAUGGGCAAAGUGCCCGUCUAUGGAACGCCCUGCCAUACCUUGGACACAGUGAAAAUUGGGAAUCUGGGAACCAAGCGCAUCCAGGCCAUGCUGCUGAGCUCUCUCAUUAUGGUGACAUCUGGCUUCAAGUCCAAGACCAUGUCUGCGGCCCUGCCCGCGCCCUUCCUGGACCCCCUGUUCUCCAUCUCCCUGAUGGAGGACAGCGAGCUGAGACAGCUAGUGCUGGAGAUUCUGCACAACAUCGUCGAUCGUCACGACAACCGCGCCAAGCUGCGCGGAAUCAGAAUCAUCCCCAACGUGGCUGCUUUGAAGAUUAAGCGGGAGAAGAUCUCCAAACAGGACGUGGGUUUCAUGAAAAAGCAUGGCCAGCAGCUGUACAGGCACAUCUACUUGGGGUGCAAGGAGGAGGACAACGGCCAUAAGAACUUUGAGCUGCUCUUCACUGCUUUGGCCCUCAUCACCAUUGAACUGGCCAACGAGGAGGUGGUCGUGGACCUCAUCCGGCUGUCCAUCGCUCUACAGGACAUGGCCUUGGCCAAUGAAGAGAACAUGGCUAUGUUCAUCCGCUGCAGCAUCAUGGCCUUGGUGGCAGCCUACCUGAACUUCCUCAGCCAAAUGAUCGCAAACCCGCCCUUCUCCCAGCACGUCAGCAAGGUCCUAGAGAUGCGCAACCUGGAGGCACCUUAUCUUCUGCCCGAGCACGUCUUCAGGGAGAAAUGCUCGCUGCCCAGCACACUGGAGAGCGAGGACCACAGCCUGUACUUCCUGCCCAGUGAGAUUGCUGAGUCAUUAGCGGGCCCCGGCUACAACGUGGACAGGCUGUCCGUGCCGUAUGUACCGCAAGUGACAGAUGAAGACCGGCUCUCCAGAAGGAAGAGCCUCGUCGACACAAUUUCCCUCCAGGUGGAUAUCCUGUCCAACAACCAACCAGACAAGUCACAGCUGGCUGAGGAGAUAACCUUUGAGACCCUGAAGAAAGCCAUUGACACCACAGGCAUGGAAGAACAGGAGAAGGAGAAGAGACGGCAGGUGAUUGAGAAGUUCCAGAAGGCUCCGUUCGAGGAGAUAGCUGCUCACUGCGAAUCCAAGGCAAAUAUGUUACACAAUCGAUUAGCACAGAUCUUCGAGCUCACGAUCCGACCUCCCCCCAGCCCUUCAGGCGCUGUGACCAUCACGUCUGGCCACGCCCAAUACCAGUCUGUGCCCGUCUACGAGAUGAAGUUUCCGGACCUGUGCGUCUAUUAGCACCAGGCCAGUGGUGUAGUGGCUUCAAUUGGCCUCUGUGGUUCUUAUCCUAAUGGUAAACAAAUAUGCUGAAUAAGGAAAUACCUUUUAUUUACUUUUCUUUUCCAGAACUUGAAGUGGCUAGAUUAACCAAGCUGAAAAAGCUAGUGUAAUUAGCAAUUCAUUGGUACAAGCGCUGUUUUAGAAGUGCUUACACGUUCGGUUCACAUCACAUUGGUACUUUUGGACUUUUGGACUGCAUUUUGGCAGAGGGUUUAGCUUCAUAUUCGGGUACUCCACUUGGGUGCCUAGGUUAGACUUGGCUUACCAACGUAAAUGGAAAAUGCACUAGGAUAUGUUUAUUAUGAGGCAAAUCCUGCUGACUGCCUAAUAACUGUGAUAAAUUUGUGAAAGGGUAUAAACGUCAUAUAUGAAUAUAUGUUAAGAUAUGCAUUAUGAUCCUCAAAUCUAGGGUGUCAUUUUUAGCAUAUGUCAAUAUUGACUGCGUACAGUAAGUCUUAAUAGAGGUGAUACAGGUUAACCGUCACACUCACUCAACUUAAACUUGCUGAAUGAAUCUUGUCCAUGCACUCACCCAAAUUGCAUACACUUUCAAAAUAAAAAAAUGGUUUUCAGUGGUUUUGAAAAUAUAGCAGCCCUAACUGUACCACUAUAGCAUAUAUUUGCCACUUUUAUCAUGGUCAUUUUUUGUACAGAUUGCAGAUAGAUUUCACAUUUUACAUAACAUAUUCUUUAAUACAUGCAUUAGGUGAGGAUAUUGGCAGAGUCUAUAUUGCCUUCAGGUGUGAGAGUGAGUGAAUGGUGUGUGUGCCCAGUAAUGGUAAACCUGUCCAGGGUGUAUUUCUGCCUCACACCCAAUGCACAUGCUGACAUAGGAUUCAGCCCUACAACCCCAGAACUAAGCAGGUUACUGUAGAUGAUGGAUAGAUACAUUUACAUGAAUGUGGAAAGUAUAUAUUUUGAAUGUGUCCAGUACCUACAUUUGCAAAAAAAUUAAAUAAAUUUAAAGGUACAAUAGGUAAUUUCGGAUUUCUAACGGUCAAGAGAGGAAUUGCAGCAACAAACCCGCUCAAACCAAAACACUGUUUAUCCCACCCCUUCUCUGUGAACGCACUGACGUUGAAAUGCCAUUGGCUGUGGCAAUUAGAACCAAUUUUCGACCAAUGAGCUUGAAUUAUUGUUUUGGCACAGAGUGCCGGCCCGUCAACUGCAUAUUUUGAAACUCGAAUUUAAGGACUAUAAACACAGGCAGAGGGUGAGUCAAUCUUACCUAUUGUACCUUUAAAGUUUCUUCUGCCAUGUUUAUUUUGCAAUGAUUGCACAAUGUGCUGACAAUUAUUGAAAAGUAUUAUUGUAAAAUGUGUUAGAUUAUAUGAAUAAGAUCAUUUAUGGGAGUGGUAAUACUGUUGUAGAUUUUAGCAAAUGAGAUAAAAACGAACUUUAACAUAUCUUAACAUAUAUUUACAUAUAUUUCUUUUCCAUGAGGAACAUAUGAUGGACAUUGGGCCAUGUGAUGGGCGGUAGGCAAUAGAAUAUGAAAAUCUUUGUUUUCAGAUUACUAUUAUGUCAUCAAUUAGAGGAAUAGCUGUGUAAAAUCAUGUCAAUCAAAAGGACAGCAGUAAUUUUUCAUCACAAUCCAAUUUAGAAACCGGUGCAUUUGAUUUCUGCACUUUUUAGAGAUUUCUCAGAAUGCACAUGGGUUUUCAGUCUUAAUAAAUCGUAUAAAUAUUCAGUCACAUGAGCAACAAUAAGAGCCGUAGUCCUCUUAAAUGGCAGUUUAUUAAGCAAAGACAAGGGUUGAUCAAGUCCAGGUAAUCUGCAAAUGAAAUCACUAAGGACUCUGGGUCAGCCUGCGCUCAAAUUGUGUAUUCCUUAUGGAUAUAGGCUUUCAGGCAAACAAGUCAACAUAGAAAAUGAUAAACAUCGGUAUACAAUGGCACACUAAAAAGCCACUAACAGGCCACAGUAUUCUAUGAUAUCUUUCAAUGCAAAGCGUUUAUUCUGGUAUAUUUAUGUACAGUAUGUGUAUUCCAAGACAGUCUUAAAAAAAGAGGAAAAAAACAAGAGGAUGAUGUCUAAAUAUGCUUUUCCCCAGCUUUACACAAGUGUAAGUGGAAUGGCUAGAUAAUAUCUGAAUGAUCCGUACACAGUUAACGGGAUUGCUAGCUUGUAAUUUCUUGUAAUAUUAGACGAGUAUAGAAUGAGCAUGUGUUGUGUUCUACUGUGUUAUUUGUUAUUGGCCAUCAGCAAGAAGCAAAGCACAAGUUCAAGUAAGUGAUUUUAUAUGAAAGGUAGCAGGAAGUGCCGGGAGUGUGGCAGGAAGAGGAAAUUGCGGACAUUUUGUUUGGUGUAAAGAAGCAGUGGUGAUUCUGGGUCGGUGUAAUGACAGGCAAGAUUGUGAGGCAGGUUUUUUUUCGUUGUUUGUUUGUUUUUUGUUGGUGGCUUGCAAUUUGUGGCCUCACUAAGUGGCUGACGGAUGCAUUUUAAUCCUGCUAAUUUUUUAGAUUAACUAGUCAAGCCUAGUAAGAAUAAACUCUUCGGUAAAUGCAGCUAUUUAGAGUUUGAACAGCUCUGGUCUUAAACAGCUCUUAGUGAAUCCUAUCCGUUUCUGUGUUCGUAAAAGUAUGGUAGGAAAUUCUCUUGUAAGGUACAAUCGUAGAUCUAAAGCACUGCAUAAAUGUAAUUCAUCGUCUGGAGCUAACAGCGCGUAAUAAUAAAUAAUGAUGUAAUAUGAACAAAUUAUGUCAUCCAGAGACUAACCAUAACAUUGCAAUAAGAUUUAUAUUGAUAUCUGCUGGAUUAUUGCCAUUUGAAAUGUAUUAAAAGUGCAAAUAGACACAUUUCUCAAGAUGAGUCUGAGCCAGUUGUCUUGAGGGGUUUUUAACUGAUUUAAAUCGCUCAGUAUUUUUGAAUGUUUGACACCGUAAUGUAUCUUCACAGCUGGAAUGGCAACAUCAUGUAUCACAGCAUUUGCUGAUGUACAAUAGUAGACAAUGUGAUAUUGUAAUAGUAGGCUGUCUAUCCCUUUAGUUGCCUGAAAUUUGGUGAUUACACACAGGAAGGCUUCCUUUCUGUAUGUCAGGUACAAGCUGAAUGUUGCCAUCAUUGCACAAUUGUUAUUUUGAUGUUUUCAGACGCUAGUGUCAAAACGAGCAGCCAUCUGCUUGGCUAAUUGUGGUAAGAUAAGAAGGCAGUUAGGUGAAUUAUGUCAACCUACUCACCAAAAUAAUGUAACGGUUCAACUGAGGACAUCAUGCAGAUUGAAAAUACAUUUGAACACCAGUUUUUUCUGCAGACCCUGUUCUCUGUCAGCUUUUGUUUUUGGUUAAAAGUGCAUUGCUGAAAGGAGUCCUCUUUUAGCUGUCGGGCAAAUAAAUUCUGGCUGCAAAUCCAUCUGCUACACAAGCAGCACAACGGAUAAGGCUGCACUUCUUAUUCUCCUUAGCUUCCUAUGAUUGAAAUGCUGCCUUCUUAUCUCGUACAAAUAUGCAGUUCAGCAUUGAUGCAAGUGAUUGUGGUGAAAUUAGAUAGCAACAUUGCAGAGUGUUUGAGCCAUACAAGCUGCUGUUAAUUCUUUGGCUAAUUCUGAAAUCAAGAUUAUAUUGUAUAUAAUGCACUCUUACCAAUAUGCCUGGUACAGUGGGAAAUUUCCAUUUGUUAUUUUGCAAUGGAUUCAAUGUGUAUUUUUGCAGAAGGCCAUGAUUUAUGCAGGAAGAUAAAUAAAUUAGUUUAGUUUAUGUGUGAUAUAUUUAUAUACAUUCCUUUAUUGUCAGGUUUUGUGACGUUCCAGAAUCAUAUAGCCUAAUUUAGUGAUAUUCCAGAAUCAUAUAAUUUAGUGAUGUUCCAGAAUCAUCGAUAUUAGGGUUCUGGUUCUAGAAUUCUUCAGGGACACAUGCACCUGAAACCUGAAUACAAACAUUUAUCAAUACAAUGUCUUCUUUAUAUGUUCCAGGUUUUGCUUUUUAAGGCUGUUUUUAAUUUUUAUCUUCUUACUCUUCAGAGGGUUCAGGUAAAAUGGCAGCUGGCAUGGCGGUACCACUGUGGUUUUAAAUGCUCAUUUCCUUUGCAUGUUUGUAAAAUAACUUUUUGUCUGUGCUGAAAGUCUUCACAGAAAUGGCCAUGCAUUUCUUGUACUUGACGGAUUCUGAAUCUGAAAGCAUACCAAAGUCAUAUCUUGAUCUGAUGUGUAUCAAAUUGGAGCUUGACAGCCAUUGAGUUUCCAAGUUUGCACAGUAAAAUGUGUGGAUAUAAUCAGCUUGAGCUGUGUUAAGGAGGAUUUAUGGUCACUUUAUCAAAAAAAAAAAAAACACAUUCCUUGGGUUCAUUUUGUUUCAAAGACGUUGUGAGUGACAUUUCAAUUGAAUAUGACCACUACACUGCACCAGGCUGUUGGUCCUCAUAUCAUAUUCAUGCUACAGCAUGCAUAUUCUAGAGAUUACUAUUCUAGAGAGUCUAUUUUUAAAAAAAGAUACUGGUGAAAUAUUGAUCCUUCAAUGUCUUUUGUAUAAAUGCAGUGGUGUCAUUCAUAACCAAUGAACUGCUAGUGCUUACCUAUUACAUACCUUUUGGCAAAUGAGACCACUAUGUUACAGAUUAUCUUCAGUAGUCCAUUGUGUGUAAAGUACCGUUUAUUGUAAGAGACAUAUAAAGAAUCUAUUAAAUUUUCUAUCAAAAUUUC